UUUUUGUUAUUGAUUUAUGCUAUUCUGCUUUGAAUCAAAACAAUUCUGCAUCGGGUCAAAUUCAUACCGAGACGGACGGUGGUGGGGAGAUAGGGCUUACUGGGGUGGGUAUCUAAUGAUAGCAAAGUCGAUUGAACUGAUGCCUAAAACACGUGCUACUACGCAUCAUUUCAUCCUGGGUAAGGCAGGUCCAUUGCCUACAACCGUGCUGCCGACAAAGGGUGAUGUGAUUAACUAUGUAAAAUUUCUCGAUCAAGACAGCAACGGGUUCUCGACCACCCGGAAAACGCCAGCUCCUUCAGUUUUCAAUCAUGUCGCUGUUAGUGUCAGUGAAAUGUGGUCGCAAGAGGGCAUCCCUGUCCAUGGAAUUAAAUAUGUCAAAGAGCUCGUGCGAAAGGAGUAUGCUGCAUAUAAAAACGCGAACAGGACGAAAAAAUCUCAAAGGGCGGACGCUGACAAUAGCCACUUCUUGAAGCUAUUCGACAUCGCCAUGUGCAAAUGUGCCUCCCGUGCGGCGUGCUGCUGUCCGCGAGAUGCAAAAGUUCCAAGUGAGGAGUGGCCAUUCCUCAAGGACCAGCGACACAAGCGCCGACUGACGCUGGGAUCAUACGAUCGGGCCACGAGUGAGGCGAGGCAGGCGCGUCUGCAGCGUCAGUUAUCGCGACACCGCAACCAGCAGCAUGGUGGCGCUACGGAGCCUUCUCCUGGGCCGAGCGGCGUUGGCAGUGGCAGCACCGUCGGCGCUGUGCCCGCCGAGCAGCUCCGCCUCGGCGACACUGACAGCAGUGACAGCGGCGGCGGCGACGCCGGCAGCGACUCGUCUGCGGAUGACGAAGAGUUUACAGCUCCGACUGCACUUCCGAGUGCCAAGAACGCAGAUGAUCUGAGGGAGACGGCGCUCGCAGCGGACCGGUACGGCGUUUCUAACCGGGCCGCUGCUGCUAUCAUAAACGCGUUUCAAGUCGAUAUCGGGCGCAUCAAUGAAAACGACAUGUCGAACGUCGUCGACGCCAAGAAAAUAUGGCGCGCGAGAAACAUGAUGAGGAAUGAAUCGGCCCGACAAAACAUCGACGCAGCUGUGUCCGGAGGAGUAGAGAGCUUGUACUUUGACGGGCGCAAGGACAAAACAUGUACCGACUGUUCGGCGGCGACAGACAUACAAGAACAUGUCGUCGUCCUGUCUGAGCCGGGGAAUCUGUACCUGACACACUUCACCCCUCAGUCUGGGAGCGCCAUUCACAUGGUGAACGAGCUCUACACCAUCGCUGUGGCGUUCGGUGAACAUGUGAAAGCACUGGGAUGCGAUGGUACGGCGGUGAAUAUCGGGACCAGCGGUGGUGUGUGCCGACUUUUCGAGCUGGCGACAAAUAAGCCCGUGCACUGGUUUGUGUGCAUGCUGCACGGCAAUGAAUUGAACCUGCGGCACGUAUUCAAGACGCUGGACGGCACUACCAGCGGACCUCGAACCUUCAACGGCGCCAUCGGCACCAGCUGCGCCGAGGACGUGUGGAGGAGGGAGGUGGCGCCGUUCCAGCCCGUGCCCGGACACGUGCCGGAGAUGACAGCCGAGCUGGUCGCCACCCUCAGUCACGACCAGCAGCUGCUGUACCGACUGGCUCUGGCGGUGCAGACUGGCGACAUGUCGGACUCCGUGGCGCGACAGAGGAUCGGGCCACUCAACCACGCCAGAUGGCUGACACUCGGCGCGCGGGUGCUGCGCCUGUACGUGAGCACAGAGUCACCGUCUGACAGCCUGCGGCUCCUCGUGCAGUUUCUGGUGACUCACUACGUGCCGGUGUGGUUCUGCAUCAGGCGACACCCCGACUGCACAGACGGUGCAAAGAACUUCCACCGUUCUGUGGAGCUUCUCCGAGAGCUGCCGGAGAUGAUCCAGGAGGUGGUGCGACCCGUCCUGCAGCGCAACGGGUACUGGGCGCAUCCUGAGCAGGUGCUGCUCGCGAUGGUGGCUGACGGUGACGCUGGCGUCCGACAGGAGGCCGUGCGCCACAUACAGGCAGCCAGACAGCGCGAGACGGAGGACGUUCGGCCAUUCCGGCUGCCGGAGCUGAACUUCAGCGCCUCCGCUUACACAGAGGUGAUCAGCUGGAGCCCGCCGGAGAGUGUGACGCAGCCGCCGCUGCUGCGCCACCUCACAGACGAGCAGCUGCAAGCCAUCGAGCACUCUCCGCUGCAGCUGCCGAACUACCCGGUCCACACGCAGGCGGUGGAGCGGGCAGUUCGGACCGUAACCGAAGCGUGCCUGGCGGUGCGUGGGGAAGAGGCGCGUCACGGCUACAUCACUGCACGCCUGAAGCACCGCCGCUGCCAUCCGGUCUUCGCUUCGAAGAAAGACUUCCAGAUAUGCUGAACUGCUCAGUGAUCACUGUCACCCGUUCGUGUGACUGCCAGUUCGGUCCUGUCGCCGUGUCUUCGAAGUUGCCGUCGCCGCUGCCUUGGCCCGCUGCGACCCGCCGGGGCCUGCCCCUGCCGCUCGCUGUGAUGUGGUUGUCGCUGCUGCCGCCGCCCCACCCCCCCCCCCCGCCCGCCCCGCUCGGCCGGUUUUAAGAGUGCAGUGCCAUACCGUUACGUGAAUGCUCGGAAGAUUUUCGUGUUUUUGCGAUUCUGUAAAAGGAUGUUUUCUUCAUACGUGAAUUAUGUCGUGAAUGAGACCCCAUACGUGGGUGUCUGGUGUAUGGUUUCGGCUUUCGGUUUGCGUCGGGUGCAGUGAUUGAUGUAUUUUAUGUUACAUGUGG